CUAAAGAAAAGCUUGAUUUUUAACCGAUAAAAAAGGUAAAAAGUUUUCAUAAUGUCAUACUGCAAGGUAUUUGGCAAAGAUAAGGUAUGCUUUGUAACCAAAGAGGAUCACACGACACCGAGCUCGAUUGAUUUGCCACCGCCAGAUCCUCCACAAGGCCUUAUAACAAGCGAUGGUGAAAUUAAUUGGAGCUGUCCAUGUUUAGGUGGAAUGGCGACGGGACCAUGUGGGGUUGAAUUUCGCGAUGCAUUUUCAUGCUUCCACUAUAGUAAAGCAGAUCCCAAAGGGUCAGAUUGCUUUGAAGCCUUUAGAGCAAUGCAGGAUUGCUUCCUACAAUAUCCCACAGUAUACAAUAAAUCAAGUGGAAAUGAAGAGGACGACGAUGAUCAUAGUUUAAACAUAGCAAACUUGGAUGAAAGAGAUACAACUGGUAUACUAAACAGCGCAGAUAUAACAGACUCAACCUUAGCAAAUAAAGAUAAUUAAUGUUUUCAUGUACAAAUAUUGACAUAAAAGUAUAGCAACUCAAGUUCAUAUUUUAGUAGCAUAUUUACUGUCACUGAGUUAAAACAUUGUUAUUUUAAUGUUAAUUUGAAAAUAAGUAUUUCAUAAUUGCUUUUUAUUAUAAUAAAGCCCUCUUUUUUUCUUGCAAGAUAUUACCGGAGCUUGAAAACAAUUCAGGACACGUAAUUAAUUUAGACGUCUACUAAGGACAGGAAUUUUCAAUUUUUUUUUAAAUAUUUUUGUAAAAAAAGUCGUAGUACAUGGACAUGUCUUUUAUUGAACGGCCUUUGAAAAUCCACCAAUUGGAUACCUAUAUAGUUUUUAUUUAAAACGAAUGGAAAUUAUAAUAAAAGUAUGAAUUUGUAACUAAUUUUCUAAAAAAUAUUAAAUUUAUUUAAUAGCGAUAAAAAUUGCUUCCCUAAUAAAUUUAAAUACAGAAAAGUAA